CGGAGAAUAGGCGGGCAUCCUCCGGACUCGGAACUUUGAACCAUCGAAACCGCUGGAAACCGAAAACUUGACAGUGCACGUCCAAAGGGCGCAAUGAGCGGUUAGCGCGUCGGGCGGGUAGUGAAUGUAUGUGCUUUGUGGAGCCCCGAAUACUUAUUGCAAUUUCUUUUGAGACAAUUAGACGUCCUCGUCGAAGAUAAAGGUUUUUCUGUGGAGUCUCGCUCGAAAAAUCAAUCGAAGAAAUGACAUCGCAGUAAUCGCAGGCGGGCUGUUUGGUUGCGAUAUGAGCAAGUUUUCGAUAGUCGUUUUGGCGUUAGCGCUGUCGGCGUGCGUGGCCGGCGACGGCGACGCCGAGGAUUUCGCGUUCGACGUCGCCGAUGACCUGGAGGUCGAGUUCGAUGGCGACAAGCUGGUCAAGUGGAACGAGAGAGACCUGGUGGCCUACGUGGGCAGGGUGUUUCAUCUCGUCGUGCCGAUAGGCGGCUCCGAAAAGGACGAUAAUAACUUCGAGGUGAAACGGCACUCGGGUAAAGGUCUACCCUCUUGGCUGUUAUUCGACAAAAAAGGCGGCGUAUUUUGGGGAGUACCUCUCACCCAGGAUGUGGGAAUCCUUCGAUUGACCAUCAAAGAUUCCAAAUCCAACGAGGAAGAGCUCGCCAUAAAAGUCGUCGAGCCUACAGAAGAACCCGGCGCGAUAGAGGAAUGCCAACAAAACGAAGACAACACCGUCUUAACAUUGCUCUUGGACAAAAACAUCAAAGCCAUCAAGCCGAAGCAAAGGAUCAUCGCCAUUAAUAACAUCGCAAAGUUCUUCGGAUUGUCCUAUAGUGCCUUUACAUUGAAACCUCAGCUAGAAAAAGACGACAUCACCGACAGUUCGGUGGUGCUGGCCGGUCCCGGGAACUUACAAACGAGAACUUCCAAGGUGACGUCGCUGCUGCAAGUUGCCGUAGGCUGUGAAGGGAGACUGUGGCUGUCUACCGCCGCGAUGGUGCAUCAGUUGAAGCAACAAGCGAGAGACGGCACCGUCUCCGAAGUAUUACGCUUACCUCUGAUCGGUUGGAGAGUCAAGACUGAAACGAAACCAAUAGUGCGAACCAAAAGGCGCGUCAACGGUGCGGCCGAAGACGAUUUCGGCAGUGGUGAUUACAACGACGAAGAUGAAUAUUACGAUGAUUAUGAGGAUUACGAAAGUGAAGACCUUGGAGACGUUGAAAAAGUGCCUCCUAAUUCUAUUGAUGUAGGAAUUUUACCAACAUCUAAGCACUUUACAAAACCUUCAGUUAGUACCCCAACGACUACACCGUCGAUGGAUAGUACUACACACCUUCACAGGCAUCAUCAUGGUGAAAUGAAUCCAAGUAUACCCAUUGUUCAUCAUCAAACGACUCACAAAAACUUAAUCGUCGACGAAGUAUCACCGGUAAGCCUGCCUCCCACGCUUUUGGAAGUUCCUACAACUACUAAAUUACUAUUGCUACCUGGACAAUCAAAAGCUACGAAACCUGAUGAAGUUCUUAACUAUGAAGAUAACUAUGAUUACGGCCAGUACGACGACGACGAUGACGAUUUAGACGAAUCUAUCGAAAGCGAAACUAUUAUACCAGACACGAACAAGAAUCCUAUAAAGGUAGAUAGCGUUACUGAAGAGCCGAUAGUGAAACCUACCACCAGUACUGAAUUAAUAACGGAUGCUACCUCUAAGCCUACCUCGACUUCCAGUACUUCAUCCACCACUGAAAGCAUCGUUAUUUACUCGUCUAGCUCUAUAACAUCUACUGAAAGCGUUACACAAACUACCCCGGUGCAUACCACAGCGAUAAUUACAGAAACUCCUGUCGAAUCUAUCGAAGACAACUGGAAGGAUACUACCACUGAACAAAUAUACGCAAUCAGUCGAGAGGCAACGACCAAAGAACUAACAACCGAAACUAUUUACAAUUUAACCAACGUUCCCGCAUUUAUUUACACCGACUCCACCACGGUAACGCAACAGCAUUACGACAUUUCAACGACACCAUCGACAGCAGCUACUAACGCAACUCCGAUAUACGAAGUUCCAACGACGACGCCCGAAGAAUUGUCUACGACCGAGAAAGAACAAUUCGCUACGCAAAAAGCGACCACCAUCAAAGAGGUGACGGAAAUCGAAUACCACAAAAACUUCAAUCCGUUCAUCGAAAAUCGACUUCAACCGAUUGUCGUAGUGGCUGGAAAAAUAUUUAGAUCUGUGAUACCUAGGAAUACAUUUAAAGACUUCGAAGACGAAUACGAUCUUACAUAUCAAUUAUUAGAUUCUAAUAAUAAUACAAUCUCUAAUAAUAGUUGGCUGCAGUUCAACGCCGCACGAAGAGAAUUGUACGGACUGCCUUUAGCGAACGACACAUCAAAGUAUGUAUUUUGGGUGAAGGCGUUCGAUAAAGAUGGUGCUUCGGAGCAGGAGAAGUUAAAUAUCCAAGUUCAGCAGCACAAGCUGGAAUUCGUCGUCAAUCACGAAUUUAGCCUAUUGAUUAGAAUCGAGAAACACCAAGAAUUCAACCAUUACGUCGAUUGGUCGUUGAAGGUCUUGCGAGCGCUCGGAAAGAUUUACAACACCAAUAUGACCGAGAUAACGGUCAGGAAAAUCAAUUACACUUCGGAGCCGAUCAUUUUUACGUGGUCGAACGAUUCCAUUCCUACGAAUUACUGCCCCAGGACCGAAAUAGUCGGGCUGUUUCAAACUUUGACUGCGAACGAUCGAGGGGAUCCUUCGAGAGAACUGAACAUGGCGCUUUCUCCCGAACUUCGAGUCAAGAAAGUUAUCUAUCGUGAAUUAGGCGUUUGCGAACAACCCUUAACGCCCGUAACACCCCCUACGAAUUUCUCUCCUUUAUUAAGGAACCCCAUUGAUAAUAUAACAGCAACAGUGGGCCAAUUGCUCAUUUACAGAGUAAAAGAGGAUACAUUUUACGAUCCCGAAGAUGUCGAUCCGAGGAUGUUGAACGUCUCGCUACUGACGGGAGACAGGCAGAACAUACCGGGCGACAAUUGGUUGCAAUUCGACAAUAAAAACCGCGAAUUUUAUGGAAUCGCUAGAAAACCAGGCAGGAGCGAGUACCAACUGGUCUGCAUAGACAGCGGCGGAAAAAUGGUGACCGACAGUUUGGAAGUCGUCGUUUAUCCGGCGCUCAAGAGGGCUUAUAACGUGGAAUUCAGUAUGAACAUCACCGACAUUCCCCACGAAAUGUUCAUUAACAGCGCGUCUCUGCAACGAAAGUUUGUGGAAAAAUUGAUGUUUUUGUUUAAAGAACAAACGCCUGCGCACUUCCAUUUUCUACCGUUCAAAAGAUCGUACGAUUCGACAAUAGUAACGUGGUUUAAUAAAUCGUUAUCGAUCAAUCGGUGUCCUCACGAAGACAUUAGAAGAUUAGAAUCGAUCGUGCACAACAUGAACGACAGAUCCAUAUCUCAAAAGGUGCACAUAGCAAUGGAACCGGAAUUCAAAGUGUCCACGAUCAAAGUGCAUCUAAUCGGCAAUUGCAAACCGAGGGUAAGCCAGGAACCGAGACCGGACGUCAGUACUCCAAUCGAAGAAAGCUCACCUCAACCCAAUCAUAAUGAAUACCUAACCAACUACAUCCUACCCGCUUUGAUCGUUAUAAUUAUGCUAAUAUUAGCAAUCAUAGGAGCGCUCGUUUUGUACCGCAAGAAAAGAAUCGGCAAAAUGAACCUCGAAGAGGACGGUCGACAGAGCUACGGAAACAAAGGUAAAGGUAUAAUUUCGUUGCAACGGGCCCGCUUUCGUCGCGAAUUUCGCAUAAUACCCGGUCGUUUUAACGCAGGCAUCCCGGUGAUAUUCCAAGAGGAGCUCGAAGAGAAACCGGAGCCCGGCACCAAAGCGCCGGUCAUAUUGAAAGACGAGAAACCGCCUCUGGCACCGCCCGAAUACAGCAAGAGCGGUUCCGUCAAGUUGGCGGACGAUUCGGAGCCCUACCAGCCGCCGCCGCCAUUUACCAGGACACAGGAUAACGGGAGACAGAGCCGACCCAAGCCCACGCCGACAUAUAGAAAACCGCCACCGUACGUGCCCCCUUAACAAUUACAUUUUACUUUCUUCCAGCAAUAAAUCCUUUCGCUAGACUGCCAAUACUUUAAACCGGUCGUUAAAUUUGUGGACCGGUUGUGUGACGACGCGAAAUAAUUGUGUUGGCUGCACUGAAUUUUAUACACAAUCUGAUAUGUUUGUUUCAGAUGAAAUAAUGUACAAUUUUGACUUCGACAUUUCAAAUGAAUUGUGGAAAAUAAGAACUUCUUAUUUAACAGUUUGGUGUAAACUUCAGUGCCAACACAAUUGUCUUGGUUAUUGGUUUCAUUUUACAAUGAUAUACGCCCACAAGAGUUUUUUUACUGAAAACAAAGUGAAUUUUUUAAAACAUUAUUUUUUUUAAUAUGACGUUUACAUAUUCGAAUUUUACAUUUUUUAGCAGCUAAUUAGGCAUUGCGUUCUGAAAUUCAGCACCAAAAAAAUGUUAUCUUUCGUGCUGCACUAAUCCCAUGCAAAAAUUCCACACCCUAACCUACUUUACUGAAAAUUACUGAUUUUUUUUGCGAAUAAGUGGAACUUUAAGAUGCGUUCGGUGAUACAUAAACAAAAAACUGUCAACUGUACUGUGUACUAUUGUACUUGAAAUUAUUUAAAUAUUGUUAUUUUUCGGUGUGGAAUUCGGGCAAGGGGAUUAAGGGCAAAAUACUACUCAAAAGAAAAUUACUAUUUUGGUGGGGAAUUCCAGUGCACCGGUUUCCAAAUUCUUGUGGGUUAUUUUAAUGUGGUACAAUAAAAAAAUCAACGUUUCGCAACACUAUCUAAAGAACCGUCAAAUAGAAAUGCCCGGUAACUUUACCACAAAGCUUGUAUGUUUAUGAGCAUCAUAAAAAAUAAGUUAAUUUUUCAUUAAUAAUAACAUCGAUUAAAAACUUAAAAUCUUAAAAUAUUAAUUCGAUGUUUAAUUGCGGGACGAUGUGACGAAAAAUUCAAUUUAAUCGCAAAAUAUUCGAAAUGUACAGCUAAUAUAAACAUUCGUUUGUGGCCAUAUUGCAGUCGUUUCGGAAAAGGUCUGAUAUUAUAUUAUUUUCGACGAUCUUUUGGCUGUUAAUCGGCUUUGUAGCUAUUAAGAAAUCAUAUUGAGGUUUCUUGGGUUUGUCCUAAUUAAGGGUUAAAGGACAUAUAAACCAAAAAUAGCACAGUAAUUUUUUUCCAACUAGACUUGGUCUGUAAAUGUUUUUCAUAACGUACCUUAAAUAAACCCGUUUUUAUUCUAUAAUUAUUUUGACGGCAAAUUCAAGAAGCUUCUACAAUGUAUUGUAUUAUGAAUUAAGCUAAACCCGAGUGAUCCUGGUUAUUUCGAAAUGUAAAUAGAACAAACUAAUAUCUCUGUAUAUAAAAAAUAAAUAUGUAAGUACUUAAUACGAACGAACGUAUGUAAAACAAUAACGCUUAAAAUCAACAAUUAUUAUUAUUCGAAGGAAUAAAUGAUAUAGAAAAAAUAAUUUAAAAUUUAAUAACGUUGUAAUUAAGACAAACCGCUUCAUUAAAUAUUUAAUAAUUUUCGAAUUCAUUAAAUUUAUAUUAAAAAACGCAAAGCUUUGGGGAUCAUUUGACCAGGGUAAUCAAGAAACAAUAAUAAACCUAUGAAUUUAUUAUAAGUUGUUAUACACUGUCAAAUUAGUGACUCAAGAUAUGGAGGUGAUGCUACUUAGGAUAGGGCUUUUUAUAAAUGAAAUUUUAUGGGGUUCAAUGAGUCACUGAUUUUGACCAUCAGUGUAGUUGUUCAGUGAUUUUACAUAUCACAAAAUACUCGAAGCCACAUCACAUAUCAUGUUUUUCCAAUUCCCAAAAACGCAUUUAAACAUAUCGCGAGAUCAUACAUGCAUAAACCAAACGAUAUAUUAGGAAUGUGAUAACUGAACGAAUUGAAAAUCAUUGUAAAUAAGAUUGAUUAAAUUCGGAUUAAUGGCGAUCACUCGGCGGUUUGUUGAUUUCGUGGAACAAGUAGUGCAGUUAUUGAAGGAAUAAUAUAGAUUAGAUAUAAAUAAGGCUGUUUUCUUUUUAUUGGAAAAAUGGAUAUAUCGUGAUCAUCAGGACAGUACUUAUAUUCAUUGCGUGCGUAAAGGUUUUUGUAAUUAAAUUAUUUAAAACGAUCAUGAUUUCAUUUUAUAAAUUGUAUGGCACGCUAUGUGCAGACCGUUAAUAAAAAGAAACAUUUUCUAAUGAAUAUACAUAGUUGCAGUGAAAACUUAUACAUGUCAUGUAAAAGAUGGGAAGUUUAGUAACUUAUGGGGCACUUAUAGCAUAAUUGACUGAUUUAAUUUGUCUAGUAAAUCGGCUGUGCCAAUUAAUAAUUUUAUAUAUUGACAAUAUUUUUUACUAUUUUACUGUAAACUGUAUUUUAAUUUUUGCACCAACAGCAACGAGAGAAUAUAGUGGUGAAUAUGUCACUAAUAUACUUGUUAAUUUAAUUGCAAAUUUACAUCUCCAUCAAAUACUGAAUAAGUUUUCAUUCGUCAUAAGAAAAUGAAAUAAAAAAAUGUAAUUAGUUACCAAUAACUUUUUUAUAAAAAAUAUUUUAGUAUAUUUACAUGUCAAUUUUUUAUAUAUUUAAUGAAUAACAUUAAUAGUCAUUUUCGAUUAUUUAAGUUAGAUGUUGGAUGUAUUAUAUGAUUUCAUAUUUGUCCAUAUCAUAUUACGUACA